AUGUGGAGUCUUGAUAAAUAUCGACAAGAAGGUGUUUCAUGUUUAGAUGUGAAAUGGACUUGGAAAGAGUGGUCUGAAAGGAUUCAUGCCAAUUUUGAAGAUAAGUUUUGGAUUCCACCAGAAUCAGUUGAUCCAUUAGUUAAUUGUCGAGAAAUUUAUAAAGAUUCUGUUGAGGCUACUCAUGCCUGGCAAGAUUUUCAACUGAGACACAACUUUUUAGUUGCAAUGACAGUUGCACCUGAACUUUUCACCAGAUCUGGUGCUGUUAAAGCCCUAGAAAUGGCUGAAAAUGUUUUAUUUGGCCCAUUUGGAAUUAAAACCCUUAAUCCAAGUGAUUGGAACUACAGAGGAGAUUACAUCAAUUCCGAUGAUUCCAAUGAUCCCAAAGUCGCUCAUGGUUUCAAUUACCAUCAAGGACCAGAAUGGCUUUGACCAGUGGGAUACUUUUAUCGCGCCUACCUUAAACACAACAAUGACAAAAGUGCCAUAACGAAUAAAAUGAUGAAAACUGUGUCCAAUCAUGCUGUUGCCAUCGAGACAAGUCCGUGGUUUGGUCUUCCUGAAUUGACAAAUUCGGAAGGUAAAUACUGCCCUGAUAGUUGUCAAAUACAAGCCUGGACAAUAGGAACACUGUUGGACUGUUUACAUGAUGC